AUCUCUGCGACGCCAGACGGCAACGCACUGCUGAUUUCUAGCAAAACACAACCGAUCUCCGACGCUAGCAGCAGCAGGAUAGGACUUUUUCCCGGAAAUGUGACAUUUGGUCAAAGCUGGGGAGUAAGGAACACGAAAGGAGAAAAUGUCCAACAGAGGGCGAGAAGCGGACAGAAAGCAUCGGCACAGCCAAACACAUCAGAGGAGCGAUGCAGAUGAUGCAGUCAGCCCUGGCAGUAGCAGCCAUCGGGACGACUACAAGGAGAGAAAGAGGCGGAGAAGUAGCAGCAGCAGUGGUAGUCAUGUAUCACAAGAAAUCCAGAAAAUCAAGCAUGUUGAGAUCUUUUAUGAGAAACCCCCUCCUGGACUGAUCAAGGAAGAAGAAAUGAAACCAGAAGACUGUAUACCAGAUUUGCCUGGUAAUGAGAAUGCCAGAGAUUUCCUGGCUCAUGCACCAACUAGAGGACUAUGGAUGCCUUUAGGCAAAGAAGUAAAGGUUAUGCAAUGUUGGAGGUGUAAGCAGUAUGGUCAUAGGACUGGUGAUCGUGAAUGCCCUUUCUUUAUAAAAGGCAAUCAGAAGAUUGAACAGUUCAGAGUGGCUCAUGAAGAUCCCAUGUAUGGUUUGAUAAAGGAGAAAGAACAUCAGGAAAAGCAAAUGAGGAUCCAACAACUGAAAAAGCUGCUAGAAGAUUCAACAUCUGAUGACAGCAGUGACAGCAGCUCAAGCUCCAGAGGAAAACACAAAAAAAAGAAAAAGAAAAAAGACAAGAAGAGGAAAAAGAAAAAAAGGAAGCACAAGUCAUCCCACCACAAUGCAGAUUCAGACUGAGCUUAUUUCAGGGAAUUAAUCCGUCCUUGAAAUUGGAACAUUUGGGUGAUAAGGAACCCAUAAAUAUCUCUAUUUACAGUCUUUUAGACGUUGGCUUUGCGUGGAGUAGAACGUUUUGCAAAUGAACCUGGUCUAAGCUUACUGCAUCUGGAAUGUUUAGAGAAGUACUUUUUCCAUGAAACCCAUUUAAUACAUCAUUUAAUACAAUGUAUGAGACAUCAUCUCACAUUUUAAAGAGAACAAAGUGCUCAGAGCUCCACAAAUCUUUUUUUUUUCCCUGAACCAAAAGAGAUACACAAGGUAAGAAGGUCUAGCUACAAAAAAAGUCACUAUUAAAUUCUAUUUUUAAGACAUUUUCUAGGAGGACAUGAUUGUGGACCACUGAUUAAAAAUCCAGU